CAAGACAAAAUACCUUAAUUUCUUUAUUUUAUUUAUUUCUUAUUUUUUAUUUUUUCUGUUUGAGGAACUAAUUUCCAUUUUCCAGUUACCUUCACGCCGCAAGGCGGCUAUAAACUCCCGACUGAACUGUUUGCGUUCACUUCAAUUCCAGAGUUGAGGGUAGCGCCGCCCUCACUUCCCGGCGAGCUGACACCUGAUCCUCCGUCCUCUUCCUCUGCUCCGGCGAUGUCAGAUUGAUCGCCGCCGCCGCUUCAUUAUCAAUGAUUCUGUAAUUUCUCUCUCUCUCUCUCUCUAAAGAUGGUCGGUCACAAGAGGCAUAUUCUUCCCCUCUUCCUCCUCAUAUCUGUUUCCAUCCUCUUCUUCUUCACUCAUUUCUACUCCUCCAUUCCCCCUUCCUUCCCUUCAAACCCUAACCCCGAUUUCGCUCUCAAUCGGAAAACCUCCGACGCAAAAACCUCUGGUUUCACUCUAAUCGUUAAGGUUCUUGCUUACAAUCGCCUUGAUUCCGUGUCCCGCUGCCUUCGGUCCAUCGCCAAUGCGGAUUAUCUCUCGGAUCGCGUCCAUCUCCAUGUCUACAUUGAUCAUUUCCCUCACGACGAUGCACAUAUCAACCUCAAUGAGUCGCAUCGGAUUUUGCAAUUCGUUGAUAAAUUCUACUGGAGUUUCGGGGAAAAGAUUGUGCACUAUCGGACGGGGAACGCGGGUUUGCAAGCGCAGUGGUUGGAGGCGUGGUGGCCGAGCUCUGACAAUGAGUUUGCGUUCGUUGUGGAAGAUGAUUUGGAAGUCUCGCCGCUUUAUUAUAAGUUCCUGAGGACUUUAAUUCUGAAUUAUUAUUAUAACACUUCGAAUUAUGCUCCUUCAAUCUACGGAGCUUCGCUGCAGCGACCAAGGUUUGUUCCAGGUAAACAUGGUAACAAAAUAAGGUUGGAUGACAGCACCAGAAUCUUUUUGUACCAGUUGGUUGGCACUUGGGGUCAACUUCUCUUUCCAAAGCCUUGGAAGGAGUUUAGAUUGUGGUAUGAUGAGCACAAGGCGAUGGGCAUCAAACCAAUGCUUGAUGGCAUGGUGACAACAGGAUGGUAUAAGAAGAUGGGAGAAAGAAUAUGGACUCCUUGGUUUAUUAAAUUUAUCCAUUCUCGUGGAUAUUUCAAUAUAUACACCAAUUUUUUACUUGAGAGAGCACUGAGUACUUCUCACAGGGAUGCUGGUGUUAAUUAUGGAAAAACGGCUGGUCCUGAUUCACACUUACUGGAUGGAAGCUCACUUAAUUUCGAUCUCCUGGAGAUGAAGCCUUUAACUGAUUUGCAGUGGUAUGAUUUCUGCUUUAGAGAAGUGAUUCCUCAAAGAAUUGUUAAAAGCAAGAGCGAGCUUGGUUCUGUUAUUCACUCUGUUCAGAAACACCAAAACAUAAUCAUUGUGAGCAUAUUUGGCGUAUCGGAGUCCAUGAUAAGGAAUUUUCUUUGCCACUUUGAGAGAUUGAACAUAAGGAACUAUGUUUUGUUGGGCCAUGAAUCUGAGUUGCUCUAUGAUCUAACGAGAAGAGGACAUCCAGUAAUUUGUGCAGACCCAUUUCUGAAGACUAUCAAAACUUCCAAAUCUAUGGCUUUGGAAGGCACCAGGUCAGAACUGGCAAAGUUAGUUCUAGCAAAGUUCUACAUUAUUAAGUCAUGCUUGGAACUUGGGUACAAUCCAGGAUUGGUCGAUGAAAAUAUCCUUUUUGUCAAUGGUGGUGACCCAUUAGCAGACUUCAGUCUUGCUGACAAUAUCUUUAUUGGGCAGAGCUUCGAACUUUUCUUCGUUAAAAGCUCAUCCUCUGCCCAAAAGAUGUGGGCUAAUCAUAUCGUUCCCGAGGCUGAAGUCAUGGUAGAGUCUUUGAUGAGUAAAGGUUCAAAAGACGGUACUAGUUUUGUAGGCAUAACAACAAAAUUAUUGGAACAACAUGGUACUAAAUUUAGAACAGCUGAUGAGAUGAGUUUUGGUGUGAAUAUUGGUAAUAGUCCGACGAACACAUCAUUAGGGGAUGGGAAAAGGUUCGUAUUUUGGCCUGCAGAUGUGAAUAUUAAUCAUGUAGAGAAACGGCUUGAGGAGUUGGGUUUUUGGAUCAUUGAUGGUGAUUUUUCUUGCAAAGGUGUUUACUGUAAUGGAUCGUAGCAUUCUGACUUCAAUAAUGCCCAAACAACAAUUUUUUUGUAGUUCUUAUUCCUCAUCUUUUAUACUGAAUUCUACACGAGAUAUUAUUUCAAAAAAGUAAUACUAGAAAUUGGCUUUUGUCCA